UGGUUAAAAAGCGAAGCCUGCUUGGUUUCAUCUGGUAGGCUUGUGUGGCUGUGUGCGUGGCAUAUACUGAAUACCGCGUAGAGACCGUGAAGGCAUCGCAGCCAGCCUGUCAGGAGAAACGUCGCUAACCUGACCUAACGUCUGCGGAUAAGUUAGGCUGUAACCCGGGUCUGGCAACACUUUCCCUGCGACGAGAGGAUGUUUGGGUAUAUCUGGGAGUAUAUUUACACAUCCUUCUUGAGAUACUGGCUGAAAUGGCUCAUCAGACAAGCAACAGCGACAUGUGAGCUACAGCGAAUAUGCUCUGGAUACAAGCCAGGGGCAGCAAGGACUACAAAAGCAGAGUAUGCUCUUCAGUCAUCAAAGAAUGAGGUUUUAAGAGCAGCUCUAGAAACCAGUAAGGAUAGCCUAGAGCAAUGUGUGGAUCAAAUUAUGAAAGUGAAGAACAUCAAACCUGCAAAAGAUCCCAAGUUCAGAGAGAGCCUCCACAUCUGCCUGCUACAGAUAACAGGGUACAGCAGCUUGUAUAUAUCUGUAGAAGACUUGAGAAAGGAAGUCUUCAACUCAGACAACCCUGAACACGAGGCCAUGCUUUUGAAGCUGUGGGACCUUUUGAUGCCAACAGUCAAACUGGAGUCCAGGAUAACCAAACAGUGGGGAGACAUCGGAUUCCAAGGGGAUGACCCCAAGACUGACUUCAGAGGAAUGGGCCUGCUGGGCCUGAUCAACCUCGUAUUUUUCAGUGAAAACUACACAACAGAGGCUCGUCAGGUGUUGUCUCAUGCAAACCAUCCUAAACUAGGGUAUUCAUAUGCUAUAGUUGGGAUUAACUUGACAGAGAUGGCCUACAGCCUGUUAAAGAGUGGUGCUUUGAAGCCACAUUUCUACAAUACAGUCCAGGGCACGCCUGUGCUCCAGCACUUUCAUCAGCUGUACUGUUAUCUGGCGUAUGAAUUUGAUAAGUUCUGGAUUGCAGAAGAACCAGAGAGCAUCAUGCAGUUCAACCAAUACAGAGAGAAAUUCCAUAACAUAGUCAGGACACAUCUACAGGACCCCGGUGUGUGUCUCACACUGACUGUCAACUCCAAAAACUAAAAAAAACCCAAAUAAUUUCAAGAGCAUUCUCUGUAUGGUUGGGUAGAAGGAAGCAGGAAAGUUUCUCAUGAGCAUAGCUGAGUAUUAAAACUCUAAAAGCAGACUGCAGCUGGUCAGCCCCUCCAAACAAGAUCCAAACAAAUAAAUUCUCUUUUGUUUGGUUUUCUGGUUCAUUCGUAAUGCACUUAUCAUUCUUAUAAUGAUAUUUAAUGUUUGGCAAACUGAGCACAAAUCCAACACCCGUUACCUCAAAAAUGACCAUUCCAUAAGGUUUUCAUUCAUAAAGACGACUGUAGUGAAAGUAAUGGAUCUGUCGUUUUGUGAGGCUUUAAGCACUUUGAACGAGCAUGCAGCCAAAUUGUUACAUUUACAGACAGAAAGGACAGUAGUCCUGCUCAGGAAUUUGACGUUUACGUUAAGAGAAAAUGGCAAAAAAUUAAUGUGAGGAAUGAUUUCCACUUUAUUUUUCCCUUGUGGUGCUGUCAUCUUAAGUCUUGCAUGGUUUAACAUGUCCCCGCUGAUGUCAUUAAUUUCAUAUGUAUUGUAAAAUAUGUUAGUGAUGUGGAACUCUAAAUGUUAAUAAGCCCCUGUUUUCAUAAUGUUGUAUGUUGUCAGACUGAUACUGAAUUUUUAUGACCUAAUCUUUUAAUUCUGUGGUUUACAUUUGAGGAAUGGAUGUAAGGACUCACGUCUGACUCCCAAGGUAGUAAAUUGUUUUGAAAAGUG